AUGGAAACUAUAGCUCAAAACAUGUGGGAAUGUGUUAUCAACAGUAAUUUGGGAGCAUUGAAAAAAAUGCUGAAAUGUGGAAUCGAUCCCAAUAUCACUGAUGAGAAUGGAGAACCUCUGAUUUUUACCAUUAUUGUUAAUGGAGAUUUGGAAUCACUGAAAAUGUUGUUGGCUUACUGUGAUGUCAACAUUGAAAACAAAGAUGGAAGAUCUGCUCUGAUGCUGGCUAUUGAAAUGGACGAUGUGGAAAUGAUCAAAGCAUUGAUCAAAGCAGGGGCUCGAGUAAACAAGAGUGAUAAUUCCGGUAAAACUCCCUUGUUAUUGGCUUUGGAGGAAGGAAAAUUCAAAAUCGCUGAAUAUCUUAUCAAACACGGAAGUGACGUGAAUGAAAUGGAUUGUCUUGGUCAAACAGCCCUACAUCUUGUUGCCACGGGGGAACACAAUGACUGUACGAAAAUCGUUAAAAUCCUGUUUCACUGCGGAUACGUGAUGAAAGAGGCUGAUAAGUGGAUAUGUGCUGAGGAUCUGAUAGGCAGUAAACGUCUUCAGUCUAAAAACGCAAAACUGCUUCACAAAAUCAAAAGAUUUUGGAAGAGUUUCGUACGGGAAGACAAUGUGAUACCAAGAGAGUCUUGA